AUGGGGUUCCUGUUUGGUGGCUCAGAUGAGGAUUCAGUGGUCUUCACCGACAAGCAGAACGAAGGAACGAACACUGAAGAUGUCCCUAUAAAGCCUCACGCGUUCCAAGCGGGAGCUGAUAGUGCAACAGAGAGCGAAGCUGGAGGCUCAGAGGCAGACGACGCCGAGGAGACACCGUCGAAAGAGUCGGCGGGGGAGGGCGAGGAUGAAGCACCCGAAGGACGAUCAGAAGGUGAAGACACGGAUUUGAAGGAAAGCGGGAAGCAAAAGCCUCCACGGCCAUCCCUUCGUGCGCAGCAGACGGCUGCAAAAGAAGCUGCGUCUGAUGAACAAACCGCUGCAGAAGAAGCUGCAUCUGAUGAACAAACCGCUGAAGAAGAAGCCGCACGCCCUGCUGCAGCUGUCCCUUCAGCAACUGAGGCCCUCCAGAAGAAGGAUCGCAACGCAGAGCUUCCUCCUGUGACUGCUGGCGCCUCUGGAAAGCAGGAGUUGCCUGAUCUUGAGGAAGAGGCUAGCGACAAGGAAACAAAGACGGUCAUAAGAGAACACGAGGAGCCCAAGGGCCCCAAUAGAAGCCUUGCCCGCGAGGUCCUCAACGAGAGGCUCAAGGCUCUAGGCUUCCCAUUCGUCUUGGGAAAGGAGCAUUUUACAGUGGAUUUCCAGCAUGGCUUUUCUUUGGACGCGUCUGCCUUCGAUGCUUCGGCUGCAGAGAGUGCGGGUGUAAUGCACCGCGCUGUUUCUACUGAGCCUCUCAUAAAGAGCGAAAAGUCCCUCUUUCUUGCAAUUGAUAUCGACGACCAGUUUCUAGGGACAGACGUACGUCUUGUGCAGCUCACCGUCAUACCCGAGGCCUGCAGCGUGCAGGCAGAGGGUGCCUGCAAGACGGAAUGGCUUCUUAGAGAGCCCACUCCUGCUUCUCCGCCACAUAGAAUUCUGUUGCUGGGGUUCUCUUCGCCAACGGGCAGCAAAUUUGAAUUCGACGACGUUUUGAAGCAAAUCCAACACAAGCCCAUGGACCUCGAUCUCAGGAGUGAGCCAGCAUUUUCGGCAAAGGCGCAGAGGGGCACGACCUUAGAGCCACAGACGCAGAGAGGAAGGGACAAGCUGAGGGGCGGGCAGAGUUUGGGCCAGGAAGGGGCUGUAUCGGCAGGUGCCGAAACAGACCAAGUGGCUGGCGAAGAAGGCCUUCCGAUAGUUGACGCUCCGCUGGUUGUGUUGCCACCAAAUGCUACCGAGGCUCAGAAGGCGGAAGCUCUGCGUCUCAGUAAGGAGGAAAAUCAGGAGAUCGACGGCCUUACCACUCCUGAGCAUGGUGGCCAAUCACCAGGGGCUGGAGGCAGAGUGGAAGCCUCCACCAUCUUCAAGUACGUACUGGCCAGCCUCCUCCUUAUAGGGCUCUUCGUAGGAGUUACUGUUUCCGUCUGCUCAUGUGCGAAGCCCUCGAAGCCCCCCAAAACAUAUCCAUACCCCAAGGGACCUCAGAUGCCACUCGCCCUAAGGCAAGGCCACGGUCUCCCUAGCGGCCUCGCUAGCUGUAGCGAACAGCCGGGAGCAUGA